AUGUGGAUGAAGGAGAGAAACAACCCUUGCAGAAGAUGUUCUGUGACCUCCCCUCAAGUGCCAUGGCUGAUCAUCCGGAAGCCAGUGACUGUCCAUUCCAGGGCUCGAUGUCGGAAAAACACUUUGCUCGACCUGGCUCGAUGGAAGGGCAGGCAUAUGGGCAUAGGAAAGCGGAAGGGCACUGCCAAUGCCCGGAUGCCCGAGAAGGUGACCUGGAUGAGAAGGAUGCGGAUCCUGCGCCGCCUGCUCAGGAGAUACCGCCUUUACCUGAAGGUCAAAGGUAAUGUCUUCAAAAACAAGCGGAUUCUCAUGGAGCACAUCCACAAGCUGAAGGCAGACAAGGCCCGCAAGACGCUCCUGGCUGACCAGGCUGAGGCUCGCAGGUCUAAGACCAAGGAUGCAAGAAAGCGCCAGGAGGAGCGCCUCCAGGCCAAGAAGGAGAUCAUCAAGACUCUGUCUAAGGAGGAAGAGACAAAGAAAUAG